AUGGCCCCAGUUGAGGAGAAGCAGACAGAGGAGCCCGUCGUCGUCCGAAUGCGCAAUCGAGGUGGCUCAGCCGCGCCGGCCCCACAAGCCACGCCCCUACAGCCGACCAUCCACGAAGAGGAAAAAGAAGAAAAAGAAGAAAAAGAAGAAAUGGCCAACAGCACUGUUCACCAGGCCCUUUUCCGAGGCAUGGGAGUUCUCCAAGAGGGCGAAACGUCUGAGGAGACUGAGGAGAUCCGCAAGCUGAACUCGCAGAUGGACCAUUUGAACGAUUACAUGGGAAAGGUUGAAGAGCGGUUGAAGGAGCACAACAAGAAAAUGAUGGAGACCCUUGAGCACCAGAAAGCAGAGAGGGAGAAGAGGAGACGCAGUUUCCACGAACGACUCCAAACGAACCAACAAGAGGAUGACGACUUCCAGAAACAAAUGGCUGCCAUCCUAGGCCGAGUGAACAACAUGCGAAACCGUGCAUCCGUUUACGACAUUGUAUCCCAAAUGGAAGUCCCGAAAGUCAACCUCAACGCCCAAACC